GGCGGCUCCCCUCCACAAACACACGACCGGCAAGAUGGCGUUGGACGAUCAGCAAGUCAGCGAGCAGAUUAAGCAGAUGGUCGCUUUCAUCGAGUCAGAGGCGCGCGAGAAGGUUGAGGAGAUCAGGGCAAAGGCUGAGGAAGAGUUCAACAUUGAGAAGGCUCGCCUCGUUCAGGAGGAGACCAUUAAGAUUAACCAGCAGCUCGAGCGCCGUGCCAAGCAGGUCGAGACCCAGCAAAAAAUCGAGUACUCCAACAAGCUCAACGUCGCUCGUCUUGAGGUGCUCAAGGCACAGGAGGAGGCCCUCAAGUCGGUCACCGAGCAGGCCACCAAGGAUAUUUCCGACAUCACCAAGGACAAGGCCAAGUACAAGACUCUCCUGCAGGAUCUGCUCACUCAGUGCUUGUGCCAGCUGCUAGAGCCCGAAGCCACUGUUCGCGUUCGCAAGCAAGAUAUCAGUCUGAUCAAGGAGGUCAUCAACGGCGCCAAGAAGGCGGUGAAGGACAAGACGGGCAUCGAUGUCAAGCUGACCGUUGACGAGGAGCACUGCCUCGAUGAGGAAUGCGGCGGUGGUGUCGAAGUGGCGGUGACGGACCGCAUCCGCGUCACCAACACCUUGAAGCGUCGCCUUGAGCUUGCCGUCCAGCAGCUCAUGCCUGCUCUCCGUCUCCACCUCUUUGGCGAGCAGGGCACCCGUGCCUUCUUCAACUAACUUCGCACACUCGGCCCUGUGGGCUACCAUGCACCGGCGUUUUGUGUUUACCGCCUUGACGGCAGUCUACUUGUUCUCUUUUCUCGUGUCUUUGCUGGUGCCUGCCAACAAGCUGAUAUUGCGGCUUGUUGAACUGGUAUUGCCGUUUGCACGUCUGGGUCCUUUUACCCGCAAACCCAAACAUUUGGGUUUUAUUGUGCGUUGUGCGUUUAGCUCCCUUCUUCCCUUUGCUCGUUUAAGUUG